AGCUUGUUAUAAGGCCAGUCAGUCGGUCAUCGUCUUCCGCUGAUGUACUUUUGAAGGUAUCCUUGUUGCGAGGCGCGCGAAUGCGCGCUCCCGAUGUCCAACAUGAUCCUCAGAUGCUUCGCGAUCUAUUCUCUUCGACUGAUUUUACUCGCAAACGUUGCGUUCGCGUCGCAACCACAGUGGAGUGUUUUGUCGUGGUUGUCAUCCAGUGUUUACACUCUGAUCGUUUUUCCAUCGAACACGCAACAAUGGUCGUUGCUCGGCUUGAAUCUCUGGCCGGGCCAAACCAUCGAGAAACCUUCCGAUGGAUUCGAUUUGAGCGAAAACCCAAUCUCCAGGGUUCUGAACUUCUUUCCCACCCCGGUGCAAGAGGAGUGCCUAUCGCAGGACAAACGACGACGGGGCAUAUGCAUGAACACGUAUGAGUGUCGCAUUCAAGGAGGAAAGUCGAAUGGACGAUGCGCGCUCGGUUUCGGCGUAUGCUGCAUAUUCACGACAACUUGCGAGCAGAAGGUGCAGAAUAAUCUGACCUACGUGAUCAGCCCUGGUUUCCCCAACCUCAUUGACUGGCCCAUGAACUGUUCAGUAGUCGUGCAGAAGAUCGAUAGGCAGGUCAGCCAGCUCAGGAUCGAUUUCGUCCAUUUCAACAUAGGUCAACCCAACCCCAGGACUGGCGUAUGUGACGAAGAUAUCAUGGAAAUCAGAAAUGGCAGGAGCGUGUUUCAAAUGUGCGGUUGGAACAGCGGUCAGCAUCUAUACAUAGACUUGGACGAGGACGAUCAGUCCCUGACACUGGACUUCCGAUUACCUAGCAAUCUUCGAUCGAGAAUGUGGGAAAUGAGGGUUGUCCAGUUAGAUUUCGAGCAGCGUGCACCUACCGGCUGCCUCCAAUACUUCCAAGGUUCUAACGGCACCUUAAAAACUUUCAACUUCUUGUCGAACGGAAGAUUUCUGGCCGAUCAAGACUAUCUAAUGUGUAUUCGUCAAGAGAGAGAGAUGUGCGGAAUCUCUUAUACACCCUGUUCGCCCGAUUCCUUUCGAAUCGGUCCUCCUAGGAUGCUAUUGACGAACAAUACGAAUUUGAACGGGUCGUCGAUCGACGAGGGUCCUAACGCGAAUUCGACUACUCGUAAUACGACCGUCGCAGGAUCUACGAAUGGGACGGAUAUCGAGGGAUCUGGAUCGAAUCCGAUGGAAGAAGGUGGAACCUCUAUGAACAUGAGCAAUACCAUGGAACAGGAAGUCGGUUCGUCGAAUGGAGCGGUUUAUGGACAGGAACGUUGCCGAGACAGGGUGCUCAUCCCCUGCGACUUCGAGGAAUUUAUCACGCCUGGCAACAACGAGGCCGGAAUUUGCAACCUUGAACACUGCGGCAACUCUCUGUGCGAUCGAAACGAGCUGGACGAAGAAGGUAACUGCCGCGUGGAGACCUGGGCAACGCCCUUUCGUAUUAGGGUGGCUUUCGGUCCUGGACAGGACACGGGAACCACUCUCGAGGACAAUAUUGGCAUGUGUCUCGUGUACGAGCAACUACCCUGCGUUGUCUGAAUGGUCUUGGACCGAGAAACGAGUGGAGACGUAUGGGGUGUGACACAAGUUGAGAAUUUACGUGGUAUCCAAAGGUUAAUAUUUGAAGAGGACGAUUUGAUGUUUGCUGUAUCUAGCUAAGCCGGUCAGAAUUUCCUACGAAAUUAAAUUUUUUAAUUUAGAAAGGGAGAAACGUGUCUCAUAAUUCGUACGUUUAUACGCAUCGCGAAAAGAAAACGUAGCAAGCCGCUGAAAUUAAAGUAGAUACCUUCCGCUGUGAGCAAAAAUAUAAGAGGAUCAAAAGAUUCGUGGGCCGACUACUCCAAUUAUAAACCCAAAUAUCUAGCAGUUUGUCGCAGAAAUGGCCAAUUAAGAUUCUCAGACUCCAUCCAGCGUUCUUCAUCCACCGUCAUCCUGGUUUCCUCGCUUUUCGACGAAGAUAUCCUACAGGGACAGCGAUCGUUUUAACCCUCUAUAACGCCGUAGGUAACUUGGGAUAUCUAUAUUCAUCGGACCGUGUUUUGAAAAUGUUAUUUCGUCCGCUGCAACCUUCGUCUAUCGCAAGCAUAUCAAGCUCUGAUUAUAAUAUUUCAUCCAGUUAUAGAGGAUUAAAGAGAACCAUAGACAGAAAUGUACAUCGUUUCAGAAUGAUCGAGAGACACUGAUAUCAAAGAGUUAAAUAGUCUUUAUUUACAAACGAACUAGCUUAAAUCGCAAACGCAGCGCACAACUCUCGAUACAAUAAUAGAUAUAUAAUUCGCUUUUUCAUUUUUUCAAUUUGUUUUCAUUUUCGCCUCUAUUCUCUCUCUCUCUCUCUCUCUCUCUCUCGCUCUUUUUCUCUUUCGCUCUCUCUUUCACUCUCUCGAUCACGCGUCACGAUCGUCGGCCACAUCACGCCACAGUCCAAAUCGCAAACGCAACUUGAGUCUACCCUCCCUCGAGUCCGUUUCUUCGCGAAAAUACCCCCAUUUGUAUUACGUCGUUCUCAAGUAAUUUAUUAUUUCAUCGAUCCUCGUGUUUCUAAACGCCGGCAGAGAAACGCGUUUCCACCCUCUUGGAACUGAGAAGUUGGAAGUGGCCGACGAUGAUCACGGGAAUCGCAGCGAUAACGAUAAUGAUAUUACAAGAAUAAAUUAUAAUGCUAUUAAAUACAAUAAUGAAGGUGACGUCACGCCGGAAUUUCGAAAGAAACGAUGCUCCGACCAGAACACGGCGUGACGUUACGAGCUCCUCAUCAUCGUCGUGUAUCUAUGUAUGUUCCUCGAUUUAGUCCUCUAUCACCUUUUUUCAUCGUCUCCGUUCUUUCCUUUUCUUCUUCUUUUUUUUUUUCUUUUUCUUUAAAUGUAUAUAACCGUAAUGAUAAGUAAUAAUAAUAACGAGAUUAGCAAUAAUCGUGAUCGAACGACGAUGACUUCCGGUGUCCGGUAGACAAAAACUGUAUUCCGGAGGCCGGAGGUCGUCGACGUCGUCUGGCGUGUGUAAGAAAAGUCGUACCACUAUCUACAAAGUCAAAAAGACCGAUAAAACGUGUAAAAGGGCGGUGGUCAACGAACGUGUGUGCAUAUGUAGGUCUGUGCGUGUAAGUAUGAUUUAGAUAUGUGUGUGUAUGCGUGUGUGUUUGUGUAUGCUUCUUUGUACAGAGUCCUUGGAUACAGCACAUGUCGCUCCCCUGAUACCGUACUGUGCUAACUCGUAGUAAGGUUUUCCUGUACAUUUCUUUCUCCUUUUUCCCCUCUCCCCUUUUUUUCUUCCAUCCUUUCUUUUUCCCCUUUCCUUUAUUAUAUCAUGGGUUACUCUUAUCGGGAACUUGGAUCGAUCCUUCGAAGUCUGGCUUAAUGAAACAAAAAGAAAAAAA